ACGAAGGAAUCUGUUACGUUCCACUCUUGUUUUAAACAAUCUCCUAAAACGGCAAGAUAUCUAUUCAUAUACAACCAAACUCUUUGAAAUCUUUUCAUCUUCUUAUUUUACGCAAACAUUUCCCGAAAGGGCGUGGUUUCCAUCACCAUAAAAUUAUUUUCGCAAGCAUUUGUAUUUGGUAAUGGAGAUGCAACUACAAGAUAUUUCAAUGGAAUUAAAAAACAUGGUCUCUAUGGUGGCUCGCAAUGGAAGACAUUUGCAGCGUUACAGCACUCUUGGUCGUCGCCAAGUUGUUGGAUGCAUACCAUAUAGGUAUGAUGGAGCAAAACUAGAAGUUCUUGUAAUCAGCUCACAGAGAAAGGGGAAAGGGAUGUUGUUUCCGAAGGGAGGUUGGGAAAUGGAUGAAUCCAUUAGAGAAGCAGCUCUCCGCGAAACAGUUGAAGAAGCUGGAGUCAAAGGCAUUGUUGAGGAGAAAUUGGGUCAAUGGAGUUUUAAGAGCAAAGGAAAUGAUGCUUAUUAUGAAGGACACAUGUUUCCUUUAUAUGUUAUGGAACAACUGGAAUUUUGGCCGGAGAAGCACAUCCGUCAAAGAGUAUGGAUGAGUGUCUCAGAAGCCAAAGAAGCUUGUCAGCAUUGGUGGAUGAUAGAAGCAUUAGAUAAACUAGUUGUCCGAGAAGAAGCAAAGCCUGGCAAAUCUAACUUGUAAAUAGAAUGGAAGUGAUCAAAAUAAGUUCCGGAUAAGAGCUAGGAAUAUGUAGUAAAUCUUCUUUGAAAUGGAAGACUGGUAGUGACUCGGGGUUAUAGCGGAACUCACAUUGCUCUGCAUUCUGCAAUCAGGUUCCCUCCGGGAACCUGUUUUUUCAAUGUGUCUGCAAUAACUCACAUCAAUUAAAACAAGGAUUGAGUCCUCCAAGCCCUCCAAUUAUUCUCUUCCUCAGCAAUUCUAUUUGCAUUUCAGAGUGCAGCGAAGGAGAAAACCAUUAACUGUAUGAAGAUGUAAGAACUCAGAAAAAUUCAAUCAGAAGCUUGAUGUUUUCUUGAAGCAGCUUGUUUAGUUUUUUCUUCCUCAUUUAAGGCACAAGAACAUGCAUUGCUCUUCGCAUAAUUAUUGUCUUGCAUAAAUUAGCUUAUCCCGGAA